AUGAGCAGCAGUGCUCUCGAUACUACAAACAACAACAAUGAUGGCGCAACCGCCGCCGCCUACUCGUACAUGCCAACCACCACCCAACAACGUGUGAUAUCGUCGAUCCAGAUACCUGUUUCCAUGUUGUCAUUGAUUGGCUCGUCACUGAUUGUGUACAACAUCAUUCGAAAGAACAGCAGCAACAGCAGCAAAAACUCGCCACAUGGAAGAAUCAUGCUUGCGUUGAGUGUAUCCAGCAUAAUUUCGACACUAGGAUGGAUGCUCCAACCAUUCUUAGUGCCAAGAACAGAUGUGCCAGACCCAUGGGUCUAUGCAGUCGGGAACGAUGCCUCGUGUGUCAUGUUGGGUGCAAUCUCGCAAUUUAGCGUCAUUUCACAACCCUUGUAUUUGGCAUUCUUGUCGCUGUACUUUCUCUUGACUGUCAAGUUUGGAGUCAAGCAGCGGGACUUUGAAGCUAAAUACGAACGGUGGAUACAUGCAUCCAUCGUCCUAAUAGCCGUGUCCACAGCCAUGGGAGGUAUUGCUCUUGGAUUAUUUCGCCCCAAUGUAAUAUCCCCUGGUUGUUGGGUGAACCACGACCCUCAAGACGAGGGAUGCAACGGACGCUGGUGUCGAGAAAAGACAUUUGCGCUUGUGUUUGGUGCCAUCCCAUCCUUGGCGAGUCUUUUGGUCAUUUUUGGCAGCAACUUGAUGGUGUACGUUCAUGUACGAACAACUGUGAUUGAAGGACAGAAGAAGUCCAUGACCAGCGAAAUGAAGUUGACAGACUUUCAAGCGUCGUUGAUGUCGUCGUCACCAGCACCUCUACCACCAGAAUCCACUUCACGGACUUUCAGCGAUACACAGCAGCAGCAAGUGGACGAAUGCAAUGUCGGGACGCGGGAAGAAGCAGUCGAUGCGCGCAAGAAGUAUACUCAUUCCAAUGCCUCAUUUAGUGAUAUCAGUGUCUUGAGCGGCGGUGAUGGCAAAAGGAGUGUCUUGAGGUCUUCCAACAAGCAGUGGAAGAGAGUUCGAAAGGUGGGACGCCAAGCCUUUCUUUAUGUUGGUGCCUACCUUCUUGCGUUUUCAUGGAGCUUUGCAUUGCACUGCUGUCUGAUCGUUCUAGAUUUUGAGCACCGACAAGGAUCUGAAGAUGUAACGUUUCCAUUGGUGGUUCUAGAAGCGAUCUUCGGCGGUUCGCUGGGCUUUAGUCUGGCCCUAAUAUUUUUCCUUCCAAAAAUCAGACAGGCUCGAAGGAAAUAUGACUGUGAGCCGUGGUGGUGGGUCCUCCAGCAAGUUAUCACUGGAGAAGCUGAAAAGGUCGAACGUUUUUCGAGUAUUUCAAUGGCGAGCACCAUACAAGGCAGGCGAUUGAGUACUAGCAGUCGACAGCGGGGCGACAUGCCAAACAAGACCAAGAACUCCCUUACCAGGGGGCAAGCAUCUAAAGUGCCCCCACAACAACAAGUACCAGUUUCCAUCAGCAUGAGCCCUAUUCUGAAUAGGUCAGAGAGCCUCUCUAUUGACGAUAUGAUUGAAGCAGAUAUGGAUACAGCCGACACUGAGGAGUUGGAACAUCAGGAACAUAUCACUGAAACCCACAAGAACCAGAACCACGAAUCAUCUAGUACUAGUUCUUCUAAAUCUGAUGAAGAGCUUGGAGAAUAG